AUGGCGGGCGGAGCGGCUGCUGCGGCUGCCUUCGGCACGGGGGCGCACCUGUUGUUCUUCGGUCUCCUCCUCAUCGGGACGGCGACCACGGGGGCUCUCAAGACGUGGCUCGCGGCGAGGGCUAGUACAAAGAAGCCGUCCAGCAAGACGAUGUCGUCAUUGCUUCAGCUGCAGGAGCAGCUCGACACAGCGGCGAAGGGCACCUACGUCGUUGGCCAGGACCUCGACACUGUCAGCAACCUCGUGGCGCGGCUCUCCGAUGCCAUCGAGCGGGAGAACGCCAUAGCGAGGUGGUGCGCGGAGAGAGCGGACGAGAGGAGCUCAGUGCUAGAGAUGGUGAACGAGCUCAGGCGCAGCUGCUCGAGCUCCAAGAGACUCACCGAUGAGCUGGAGGAGCACGUGUGCCUGUUCCUUGCCACCAUACAUAGGGCUAGAAAUUUGGUCAUCCAAGAGAUCUCCAAGAAAGCUUGA